UCCCUGCGCGGGCUGGGCGGGGCGCAUGCGCACUGACGGCCAGGUCAUGGCGGCGCCCGGAGAGCAGCUGAGGAGACGUAAGGCGGGGGUCACCGACGUGGGGCCCGGGGCAAGCCCCGCUCGGGAGCACGACCCCGCUGGCUGCCCCGCCCGCCUCCACCCCGGCACCUUCUGGCUGACCAGGGUCGUGCUCCUGAGAGCCCUCGCCUUCGUCUACUCCGUGGCCUUCUUGGUGGCCUUCUGGCAGAACAAGCAACUGAUUGGAGACCGUGGGCUACUGCCCUGCAGACUGUACCUGCGCCGGCUGCGCCAGCACUUCAGGGGCCGCGUGGGCUGGGAUGCCGUGAGCGCCGCACCCACCCUGCUCUGGCUGCUUGACUGGUCACACAUGGAUGCCAACCUGGACGCCCUGGCUCUGCUGGGCCUGGCCCUCUCCUCCUUUGUCCUGCUCAGCGGCUGUGCCAACAUGCUGCUCAUGGCGAUCCUCUGGGUGCUCUACACAUCCCUGGUCAACGUGGGACAGGCCUGGCUGGGAGUCACAGCUGCUGGAGACGGGCUUUCUGGCCAUCUUCCUCUGCCCGCUGUGGACACUGUCACGCCUGCCCCGCUGGACACCCACCUCCCGGAUCGUCCUGUGGGGCUUCAGGUGGCUGAUUUUCAGGAUCAUGCUUGGCGCGGGCCUCAUCAAGAUCCGGGGGGACCGAUGCUGGUGGGACCUGACCUGCAUGGACUACCACUACGAGAACCCCCCAGCACGCACAGAGGAACUGCUCUGCCGUGCUCAGGCUCCCAGCGACAGUGGAGAUGGGCCCCAUGUCCCCCAGAGGCCGGGGCUUCUGCCAGGUGCACAGCAGUGACGGGGACCAAUUGCAUCUCUGCUACCCACCUUGUGAACUCUGGGGUUUCCUCCCCUCAGGUCCUUGCUGGAGGGCAGACGCAGCCAGUGCCCAACCCCGCGGCCUACUUCCUGCACCAGUCCCCAUGGUGGGUGCACCGCUUUGAGACCCUCAGCAACCACUUCCUGGAGCUCGUGGUGCCCUUCUUCAUCUUCCUGGGCCGCCGCAUGUGCGCCCUGCACGGGGCCCUACAGCUGCUGUUCCAGGCCAUCCUCAUCCUCAGCGGCAACCUGAGCUUCCUCAACUGGCUGACCAUGGUGCCCAGCUUCGCCUGCUUCGACGAUGCCACGCUGGGCUUCCUGUUCCCCUCGGGCCCAGGUGGCCUCAAGGCCCGGGUCCUGCAGCUGCAGGAGGACUCGGUCCACGGGGCCCAGCCUCCACCCAAACGCAGCUGCGUGGUGCGACGCGUGGUGCACCUGGCGCUGGGGCUGCUGCUGGCCUGGCUGAGUGUGCCCGUGGUGGUGAACCUGCUGAGCCCGAGCCAGGUCAUGAACACCUCCUUCCACCCGUUGCGCAUCGUCAACACCUACGGGGCCUUCGGCAGCAUCACUCGGGAGCGCACGGAGGUGGUCCUGCAGGGAACGGCCAGCCCCAACGCCAGCGCGCCUGACGCCGAGUGGCAGGAGUACGAGUUCAAGUGCAAGCCGGGCGGACUGUGGCGCCGGCCCUGCCUGCUGUCGCCCUACCACCACCGCCUCGACUGGCUCAUGUGGUUCGCCGCCUUCCAGGGGGCCUGCAGCUGUCUCAGCACCCCGUCCCCCCAGACCUACGAGCAGAACGAGUGGAUCCUCCACCUGGCGGGCAAGCUGCUGGCCAACGACGCCGAGGCCGCCUCCCUGCUGGCCCUCAACCCCUUCGCAGGCAGGCCCCCACCCCGUGGCUGUCAAGAAUUCCUUCUCUGGGGGCUGCUGAGGUGGUAGGCUUCCUCGAACCCCAUCCCAGUGACCCCUAAGGGGCAGCCCAGAGAGCUCACAGAGGAAGCCAGCAGACCUGGUGACUGAGCACUGAGAGGUGACAGCAGCAGUCGUGUCAGGGUGUACCAGCCAGGAGGGAAGGCCUACAGGUCACAUGCAGCCCAAACGCUUGCACAGUCCACCAGCAAGCCCGCCACUCACCAUCCACAAGAGACCAAGUACUGGAGCCCAGAGUCACCCCAGAACUCUGCACCUGCUUCUGGGAAAUGCUCCAAAGAAUCAGAGACACUAGGGAACAGGUGUGGGCCAGCCUUUGCCACAACCUGUGGGCCCCGUGGCCCCCAGGAUGGAGGAGAGGAGCCCCACCUGAUGUGCCACCAUCUGCUUUGCUUUACUGGACUUUGACAAAGUGCUGAUGCAAACCCAAGGCCUCUGAGUCACCCACUGCCUGGAGGGGAGCGGAGACAUCCCAGCUCUGUUCCACCAUCCACGGUGCUCCCAUGGCUGGACUCAAACCCAGGUCCUCACACUAGGUGGAACUUGUUUUCUACCUCCUGAGUUCAAUGGUUCACUGCAAAGUGGCUGACUUGAUGUACCGUUGAUAAAAUUUUUUUUAAAGAUUUUAUUUAUGAGAAAGAUAGGGGAAAGACCCAUCACUCUGGCACAUGUGCUGCCGGGAAUUGAACUCAUGCUUGAGAGUCUGAAGCUUUAUCACUGCAGCACCUCUUGGACUACAAUUUUUUUUUUUUUAGUAACACACAAAUCCAGGGGUGGUGGCUCAGUGGCAGAGCAAGGACUUGUGGACAGGAGACCCCAGGUUCAAUUCCCCAGCACUCCAUAUGCUGGAGUGGUAGUCUGUCUCAAAAAUCACAUCUUUAGGGGUCAGGUGGCAGUCCACCUGGUUGACAUGCACGUGGUACCACGCACAAGGACCCAGCUUGAAGCUUCACGAACGGUAAAGCAAGUGUGUAUGUGUGUAUCCCUCUCUCCCCCUUCUCAGUUUCUGCCUUAUCUAAAUCAACAAUGAAAAGGAAAGAAAUCUUUACAAAGCAGUGUGAUUGGGGAGGUGGCGCGGCAUCAAGAACUUUGGACUCCCGGGCAUGAGGUCCUGAGUUUGGUCUCCAGCACUGCUUGUGCCA